UGGUAACCGAGGGUGGUGGCGGCGCCAGGGUCUGUGUCCGGGGCUGCUCCGCUCUGUGCGUGUGCGCGUACGUGUGCGCCGCCUGCGGGCCGCGGGGCGCCUGGGGCCGCGGGGUGAGGAGCGCGACUUCAGCACGGCAUGCUGAAACAUCCACCUUAGCAGAGCUCUCUAAGGUUUUACUUGAAUCAGCUGGAAGCAAGAGCUGAGAUGACCUGCACAGCAAAGAAAUGCGGCAUCCACUUUCAGCCCCCAUCCAUUAUCCUCAUCUACGAAGACCAGAACCAGGAGAAAACUCGCAAGCGCAUCAUGCCAAUCCGAAACUUCUCCAAGUUCUCAGAUUGCAGCAGAGCUGCAGAACAACUGAAGAAUAACCCUCGGCAUAAGGCCUACCUGGAAAGUGUCUCAUUGCGGCAGCUGCAGAAAUUAUACAGUUUGCUGAAAGGACACUUGAAGGGACAGAGUUUGGCCCAGAGUUUAGAACAGGUUCAGAGGGAAGAAGCCAUUGACCCAGAAGAGGACAUGAACAAGCUGGAUGACAAGGAGCUGGCCAAAAGGAAAAGCAUCAUGGAUGAGCUGUUUGAAAAGAAUAGGAAGAAGAAGGAUGACCCAGAUUUCGUCUACAAUGUUGAGGUUGUGUUCCCACAGGAUGAACAGGUGGAAUCCUGUGGCUGGGACGCAGAGUCAGAUGAAGGGUUCUGACAAUGGACAAGGCUGCUUAGAUGGACAUUGUGUUCAGAGAGAGCCAAAUUACUUUAUCUAUUACUGUAUCAACCAGCAAAGCUAUUUAUAAAAUACAUCAGCGGUAUACUUUAUAUUUGCAAUUACAAAAUCAGUGCCAAUGAUGUUUAAGCAGUUUGGUGCUUAAGACUGGUUAAAUGGUGUUUAGGUGAAGCUUGAUGAAAGAGACAUUGAGAAGAUAUGAAUUAUUUAUAUUUCUAAAGAGAAUCUGUGGAUUUGUAACUAUAAAGUGAAAUGAUUUAAAAUCUCUUAUUUUUUGUUCAUAUUUCAGUCAACUUUAGCAAGGAAACUAGACCGAUCAGUUUUACUUCUUUAUAUUCAGUUUCACUUUGGUCUUUAUAAUAUUACAGUUGUAAAUCUUUACAUUUGGCUCAGAAGGAAACAAGCAGCCUCUUUUGCACAUAUACACUAUUUAUUAUUACUGGUGUGUUUAUGUAAUUUAAUCUCUGCUCUGUGGACAAAUCAAUAUUGCCAUGCAAACCUUAUUUCCAGAUUUCCUGAGCUGUAUUUAAAUCUAUAACCUCAGUUUUGUAUUACUGUAUAUUUUUUGUAUUCAAGACACAAAAUAUUUGAAAAGCAUGUUAAUCUUGAAAGUACUGUUGGAAAUGUGGUGCUUGAGAGUUUAUACAAAGAGAAUGAUUUGCUCCCCUCGCCUGCCCAGUGACGCACUCUGGAGAAAUGAUCACCAGCUAGCUCUGCAGCAAUCUGCCUUAAAUUGUCUUUCUCA